AUGCGCAAACCAGCUUCCAGUCCCAGGCAGCCGGUGGGUUUCGUGAUGGCCCUGCAGGGCCACGAAGCGGGAAUGGAGAAAAUAAAUUUCUCCGGAGGAGAACCGUUUCUUCAGGACAGAGGCGAAUUUGUAGGCAAACUGGUGCAGUUUUGCAAGCAGGAGUUGAAGCUACCAAGUGUCAGCAUUGUGAGCAAUGGCAGCCUGAUAAAAGAGCGGUGGUUCAAGAAGUAUGGUGAAUAUUUAGACAUUCUGGCAAUUUCGUGUGAUAGUUUUAAUGAGGAUGUCAAUGUUUUGAUUGGCCGUGGUCAAGGAAAGAAGAACCAUGUGGAAAAUCUGCAUAAACUGAGACAAUGGUGUCGAGACUAUGCUGUUGCUUUCAAGAUAAACUCAGUGAUCAACAGGUUUAAUGUUGAGGAAGAUAUGAAUGAGCAGAUCAAGGCACUCAACCCUGUGCGCUGGAAGGUGUUCCAGUGCCUGCUAAUUGAAGGGGAGAACACUGGUGAGGAUGCACUGAGAGAAGCAGAGAAAUUUGUCAUCAGUGAUGAAGACUUUGAAAAAUUCCUGGAUCACCACAAAGAUGUCUCCUGUUUGGUACCAGAAUCUAAUCAGAAGAUGAGGGAUUCGUACCUCAUUCUGGAUGAAUACAUGCGUUUUCUAAACUGUACAAAUGGACGGAAAGAGCCUUCCAAGUCUAUCCUAGAUGUUGGAGUGGAAGCAGCCAUAAAAUUCAGUGGAUUUGAUGAGAAGAUGUUCCUAAAGAGAGGAGGAAAGUAUGUGUGGAGUAAAGCAGACAUGAAACUGGACUGGUAA